AUGUGUAUUGUACCAGUUAAAGAUGCUCUUUUCAGCAUAUCUAGAUUUGGAAAGCCAAAGCUGGUAUUAGGAAAUCAAAGUUUUAACAUUCACAAGAUAAUUGGACCAAAAUCAAUAUGGCGCUGUCAAAAGUGGCGGUGGGGACAAUGUCGCACCACCAUAACGACUUUAGAAAAUUGCGUGAUCAAGAUGAAUAAACCACAUAACCACGAUUGA